AUGCUUGAGCACUUGGACCAUGGAUCAAAUACUUUCGCAUCGCAUCCUAUUAUGAAACUGUGUGAGAGAUUACUGGUAUUUAAGACGAUAUUACCACCAUGUUGUGUGAAGUAUUACCCACAAGACCCUACGAUUCUUUUUAUAUCAACAUACAAACUUGAAGAAGGUAAGAAGUUUGGAACCAUAGAUAUCUACAAGCACAAGGAUGAACCCCAGUUAGUUAAAAGUAUUGAUACAUCAGCUAUCUUGGAUUUGAAAAUCCAAGGAGACAGAGUUGCCACAGCUCAUUCGGAUGGAAAAGUUGUACUUUGGAAGUUUGAAGUUGAAGACUUGGAGCUCACACAGAUCAAUGACUUUCAUAUGUUCGAAGAUACUGUCACCUCAGUGAAUUUUAGAGAUGAUAAGGUGGUUGCAACAUGUACUGAUGGAUCGAUAUCGAUAUUGGACUUGAAUGAUGGAACUUUUGGAGAACUACCAACCCGCCAUGACUUGGAAUGCUGGAUCAGUGAGUUUGGUGAAUUGGGUGAAAUGUCUAAUGUGGUUUUCACUGGUGGUGAUGAUUCUAAAAUGAUAGCUCAUGAUUUAAGAACCCAAGAAAUGAUUUGGCAAACCGGACCUAGAUUUCACGAUGCAGGGGUGGUUUCCAUACUUUCUGCCAAACCAACUUGGAAUAGUAACAAUCCAAAUCAAUUGUGGACGGGGUCUUAUGAUGAUAACUUGAGAAUUAUGGAUUUAAGACUUAUGGAUCCUCAAAACCCUAGCUUAAUGACAGGGUGGUUGCCUAAGACUCUUCAACAGGAAAACUUGGGGGGUGGAGUUUGGAGACUUAUACCUUCAAACACUGACAAUAGAGUAUUGGCUUGUUGUAUGUACGAUGGAGCUAGAAUUGUAGAUAUCAAGGACGAUAAAUUCGAAGUGACUAGAUAUUUCAAAAGAGAUCAUGAAAGUAUGUGUUAUGGUGGGGAUUGGAAAGAUAACAUUGUCACUACUUGUUCUUUCUACGAUAAUGUAGUACAGGUUUGGGAUCCUGAGAGUUCAAUAGAUAUGUAA